ACUUUUUAUGCUGUCGUACCCUGCUGCCUCGCGCACGCUUGCUGCUCGCUGGGUUUGCUUUCAACCGCUGUCUUCCAACAACCACGCAGCACCCAGCCCCCUCCACCUCCAGCCAGCGCUGUCAGUGUUGUCAAAUCAUCAAUCAACACCAAACGAACAGCAAGGCAAGCCGCUGGCUCAGCCGCAAACAAGCGCGCGCACAGACACGCAUACAUAGCAAAACCCCCCAUCACCAUCACCACAAACCAUCAACAGCACACAGCUAUUACUCUACACAUACAUCACAGCACAACAUCACACCACAGCUUCGUCCUUGCCAAAACGGCAGAGAUGACGAUGGGUGCGCAACAAGCACAGGGACAACGACAACGCCACCGGCGGCAACGCCCGAGGGACGUCGCUUGCCUGCUGCUGAAAGUGUUGACGAUGGCUAUGACAUGCACAACGCUGCUGGCAUCCCCGAGCAUCGCGCAGAACCGCGCUGUUCUGAACGCAUGGACCCUGGCCGGGUCCUCGCGUGUGAUCCCGGCACCACGCGUGGGCGCAUCGCUCAUGUCGCCCUCCAACAACGUCGUCAUCCUGUACGGCGGUCUCACCGAGAACGAGGAGAGUAACGACGAGGACCAGCUGCUCGCCCUCGGCGACCUGUGGUCAUACAACUUGCGCGAUGACAACUGGGUGCAGUUGCCCACGCCACAGGGCAUAGAACCGCGUGGCUUCCACGCCAUCACAGAUCUGUUCGUCGUGCACAUGCGCGCGUUCAUCUUCGGCGGCUAUGUCCCUGCAGACGAAAAUAGUAGCGUGGCAAUGGUGCCGAGCGACACUUUGCUGGAAGUGCGUGGUCGAGAACCAGCGCUGACCAUCACGGAGAUACCAAAACCAACAGAUCCCGACGCACCGUGGCCCUCGCCCCGGCUUCUCCACACCAUGAACCAGGUUGCCCCGCAGAACGACGUGCUCUCGCGCUGCGGCGUUGUAUUCGGCGGCCUUGGCGCCAACAACACCCCCUUGGGCGACACCUGGCUGUACAACCCGGAGACGCAGGUUUGGACAGAGCUCACAGGCACACCGUCGCCGCCUGCGCGCUUCGCCCACAUCACCGCCAUCGUGCGCAACCGAAUCGUCAUGCUGUCCGGCUGCCGUGUCGCGGGAGACAGCGCGGGAUGCCCCGAGGGCCAACUCCCCGACGUCUGGGAGCUCACCGUGUUCGACGGUGCGUGCACGAGCGGCCAGUGGCGCCGCGUUGCCAACCUCACCGUCACCGCGCCCGGCCGCUACUUUGGCGGCAGCAACACCGUCGCCAUCGGAGACGACCUGAUUGCGAUUGGCGGGCUGCAGGGCGACCGUCGCGCCUACUACCACCUCAAGAUCACCGCGACCGACGCCGGCGGCGUGCAGUCUGUUGACUGGGGCUUCAACGCCAUCAACUUUGCAUCCAUCGUGCCACCUGCCCGCGAAGGGUUCAGCAUCACGCAAACCCACCGUGGCGGUGGUGCUAGCGAUGCGGCCGUCAUGUUUGGCGGCGCCGCCCCGCUCUCCUUCCUCCAGGACACGUGGCGCUUUGGCACCGCAGGCCCCUUCUGGUCGCCCAGCGUCUCCGACCGUGUUGUGCCGCUUGAGCUUGUGCUGCCCGGCUAUGCCGUCAGCGGACAGAAGGCGUACAUUGUGGGCGGGCAGACAGUCUCUGGCGAGCGGAACCGCGGGCUUUGGGAGUAUGAUCUUGCCACCAACGCGUGGAAGCUGCUCAAUGGACAGCUGAACAAUGAUGCCGGCGGCGCGUGUCUCGUCAAGCUCAAUGCUGACACCCUGGCCACGUUUGGCGGCGCAAGCGACUUGCCGACUGGGUUCUUUGCCGGGUACAGCGUGCUGCUUGACCACCUCCUCAUUGUGCACGGCGGCCUCGAGCAGAACAACGGAUCCUGGGUCGCGACACGGGACUUGUUCACCCUACAGCACUCUGAGAUUGGAUGGUCGUGGCGCGAGCUGAGCAUGGCCAACCUCCCCUCCAGUGACCGCUUCGGGAUGGCCGCGUUUGUCCUGGAGACGCAGCCGCCCGUGUUCACUGUUGCUGGCGGCGCGGCGCUGACGGCCCAGCAGCUGCGGCCAAUGCAGAACCAGCACACCACCCUGCUCGGCUGCAACGCGGGCGAGUUCUCGCCCGUAUUUGGCGAGUACGUGUGCCGCCCCUGCCCAGAGGGAACAUACAACGACGACGCCGGCGCCACGCGCUGCGUGCAGUGCCCCGGCAUCAGCACUACCGUUGGCGAGGGCGCAGUCGAGGAAGAGGAGUGCAACGCGUGUCGUCCGGGCACGUGUGUCCACGGCGCGUGUGUGCUGGAUGUCACCACGCAGGUGUUUGACUGCCUGUGCAACUCGGGCUGGGCCGGAUCGCGGUGCGACGUGCAUGUUGCUGCCAUCUUGGCUGGCACCACCGUCUCUGCCGCCGUUGUAGCUGUCGCCGUGUUCUUCAUCACGCGCCGGGUGAAGCGCGGGUUCUCGCGCAUGCAGAAGUUGCAGGACCUGCAGGAGCGCCUGAUUGAAGAGUCCCGCGUCGAGCUGAGCGAGCUUAAACGCGCCUGGGAGAUCAUCCCUGAUGAUCUGACGUUUCUGCGUCGGAUUGACGGCGGCAGCGAGGGCGCAUAUGGCGAAGUCUGGCUCGCCGCGUGGCAGGAUCGGGAGGUUGCUGUGAAGAAGCUUCGCUCGUCCAUCCUGUCGCUUGACGAACACGCCAUCGAUGACUUUGAUGCCGAGGUCUCCCUCAUCCGCUCCCUCAGGCACAGAAACAUUGUGCUGUUCUAUGGUGCUGGUGUGAUGGAUGAAGGGCCCUUUCUCGUCACGGAGUUUAUGGCGCGCGGCUCCCUUUCUGCCAUUCUCAAGAGCAAUGUUGAGCUGUCGUACAGUCGCCUGCUCGGCUUUGCAGAGGACAUGGUGCAUGGUGUCAUGUUUCUGCAUGAACUUCAGCCCCCACGCAUGCACCGCGACAUCAAGAGUGCAAACCUUCUGGUGUCUGAGAACUGGGUCGUCAAGGUCGCAGACUUUGGCACGGGACGGCUGUGCGGCCAGGAGCAGGCCACUGACGUUGUCGCUGCCAUGGACUUUGCGUCUGCCACCAUGACGACUGCGGUUGGCACGCUCCUGUGGACGGCGCCGGAAAUUUUGUCCAGUCAGCCGUACGGCCCGCCAGCAGACGUGUACAGCGUGGGCAUUGUGCUGUAUGAGAUUGCCACGCGGCGGGAGCCGUACGAAGAGCUCCAUGACACAUCCACGUGGACGCUGCGUGAGAAAAUCAUCGAUGGGGUCCGGCCAAGCGCAGGCCUGUCCACUGCAGACACUGCAGUCGCUGGUGCUGGCGGCCUUCUGGCGGACUUGUCAGAUGACGCAAAUGGCGGUGACGAAGCGAAGGCGCACGUGCACCUGCAGAAGAGGGACAACGGUGGCGUUGGCGGCGCACAUGUGCAAUUUGCCGACCGCACUGAUGACCACGGUGGCGUGCAGGGCGGGCGCGGAGCCGAUGACACGGAACACGAUGAGCCGCUGGAGGCGCCUGGUGAUAUCACCACCGAUCGCACUCCGCUGGCGCACGAGCCAAGAUUUGUGCAGCUGAUGCAGGCGUGUUGGGCGGGGCGGCCAGAAGAGCGACCAACCAUGCGGCAGGCAUCGCAGGUCCUGGAAGUGCUGAGGCGUUGA